AUUCACUUCUGUAUUUCUUUACCCAUUUUCACAGAUUAUGUGCGGAUUAUUCUAACUCUAGCGUCGUUUUACAACAUGACGCGUAGGCCACUUCUUACUGUUGCACUUUAUUUCACCAGUGGAAUAAUAUUAGACGUUGCAGAUGGAGUAUCAGCUCGAUACUUUGAUCAAUGUAAGUAAAGAGAGUUUAUGAUUGAUGCCUAAGACGCAGCCCAUUUGGACUGUUUAAACUUCUUCAUUAAGCCAAUAGUGAAAGUUACUAUUUAUUUUUGUUCUUGUUUGAUUCUAGGUUCCAAAUUUGGAGAGUUGUUGGAUGUUCUUCUUGACAGGUAUUUGUACCCUGUAAAUUUUUUUUCCAGGGUCCUGUAAGGCACUCAUGGACACACACCCUUGCCAACGUCAUGAUCUUGAACCGCGUUGUGAGCAAAUGCCACAGUCAUCCCAUUAUUUUCAGGAAUGGUUGAAAGAAAGACAGACAUGGUAUUAAAAGUAAAUAGGCCAAAUUUUAAUUGCAGUUUCAUUAGGGGCGAGGAACUAUGAUAUUUACCAACAUAUACUUGCUCCUAUCUUGUGGUUCUUCUCAGGUGUGGCAGAAUAGGAAUGAUGAUGGCAUUGUGUACCUUCUACCCUCAACACCUGUUUUUAUUACAGCUGCUGGUUUGCUUAGAAGUCACAGGGAGUUUUGCAAAUCUUUACAGGUACAGACUGUAGUUUUCCCGUUAUAUUGUUGCCAUGUCUGCGACGAAAAUAGAACUAGACGCUGAUGUGUUACCAAACUAGAUAAUUUUGGAGUGGUAGACCUUCGUCAGAGCGAAUUAGUUAGCCCUUCGUCAUUAGCUUUAACAAAGGGCUAACGCUCGAAACUUCAGCUUAGAAACUCUUUAUGGUGGCCAAUUCACAUUAUGGACUCAGCUGAUAAAAUCAAAAUAUCUUAUCAUACUGCCCUACUGACACAGCACCACAGUUUCUUUAGAAACUUACCCAUUUACUCAUGCGUUACCAAACUACUUCGGGUUGUCAUAAACUUUAAGUGUUUUUUUCUGGUUUUUUUUUUUAUAACAAUCACCUUCAAACUUCUCGUUCUGGCUGUUUUAUUUGUCUUUGUUCUCUCUCUUCUUCCCUAUACAGAAUUUGAUAAUGUUCUCAAUGGUGCAUACUUUGUGUGACACCAUUCUUUGCCAAAUACUUUCGACAGAUGUGCGCUGAUAACACAUUCAGUUGAUGUUUCUGCAAAGACACGCUCGCAAGAUCCAUGGCUGGUGAGGAUUUUCUUUAAGGAAGUAAGUCAGCUGGUUAUUAUACUGUGAUUUAGUCUGUAGUUUUUCCAAAAUUGAAGAAAGAUUUUUUCAAAAAAAAUUCUCAGAUGAGAAGGUUCUAAUGUGAUUUUAUGAUUUAUCAAAUAUAUUUUUCAAAGGCUUUUUCUCUUGAGGAAUUGAGAGAGCGCUGGUAAUGUGAAUGAGGUCGGAAUUAUAUUCGUUGGGAAAGGAACUGAAUUUCACAGCUUCUUGGCUACAAUUUAACUUCAAAGUUUAUCCGCCUCCUCACCUCGCGGAGCAAAUUCUCUGUGAGUCGGAGAUUCGUUGUCUAUCUCUCUCAAGAACACCACAAAAGCGCCACCAAUUCUGUUCCUGUUGUUUUAACUUUGAUGUUUUAAUUUUUUUUAAAUCACAGCCCAUUACAACACUAGUAAUUGUUGGCCAAGACGUCUGUGUUGCUAUGCUGUAUCUCCUUCACUUUUCUCCAGGACCGAUGGGUACGCCAAACUUUAACUGAACUUAUAGGUUUGGGAGAUAUUUGCGAGAAUUUCUGUCUCGCUUGAUCACCGGUCGAAUGGCGAAAAUCAUUCUCGUAGAACUAUUUUUGCCUAACCUUUUCUUAUCUGAUUUUGUUUCUUCAGUUUCCCUUGGUGGAACCGCGCACAGUCUUUGGAUGCUACUGGCUCAGAUUUGUUCUCCUUUUUUAAUCUAUCGUCAAGUGAUUGUCUGUUUCCUUUUGCUCCUUCGAUUACUUGGUGACUUAGCUGAACUGCAUCAUCAGCAACCGAAAAGCGAUAAAAAACCUAAGUGA